UCGAAAUAAAAAUAAUCUAUAUAUAUAUAUAAAAAUAAUGAUAAUAUAUAUAUAUAUAUAUACAUAUAUAUAUUAUCCACAAAAUCGUGUAAUAAUUAGCGCUGUAUUCUCUAUAAUUCUACCGAGAAAUAAAAAUACUCGAUUAGUUACAGAUUCGAUUUCAAUUUUAACAUUAUUUUUCUUGCACACAUAAGUAUAUUCUAUCUAUAUAAUACUUAUAUGAGUUAAUGAUUCUCUUAAUCGUACAGGAUAAAUAUACGUCAAAUUAUUUCAAUGCAAUAACGAUUCGUUAGAAUCAUUACCGAUUGUUUAAUAUUCGAAUUGAAUUGAAAUCUUAUUCGUUCAUUAAUGUACAUUGCAAAUUAAAUGAAACAAGGUAUGCUGAUUUAAUCGUCAUGUUAUAGAUAAAUGUUUAAUGGUAAGUAUUUAUCACAUAUUGUUAAAGGAAGUGUUAUCUUAUAAUAACAGAUUGCAGAUGGUCUGAUAAAUCGAUUACAGAUUUGUAGGAAUUGUUUGUUGUAUAUCUUGGCAUUUAACUUGCAUUCAAAACAAAAAAAAAAAGAAGAAAAGAAAAACCAACAUAAAUAUGUUACAAUAAAUUUUCCUUAUCUAACAUUUUCUCGGAAUAAUUAUCUUCCAAUAAAAUUCCUCUUAUACAAUGCAAACGUAAUCGAUGAAAGAAAAAGAAAAAGAAACAAAAAAAAAAGAAAAAUUUUUUUAUUGAUAGUGCAAACUAAACGAUAAGGUAUCGUAAAUUUUUCUAAUUAAGAAGUAUAUUUAUAUGAGGGUUUUUCCUAGAUAGUGCAUCACAAUUGCAAACAUGUUGCGCGUCGUUUGCAUUUGUUCAUUGUUGUUCGCAACAAGUCUAGUCAAUGGGGAGAUCAAAAAUAAAGGAUGGUGGAAGAACGCGGUUUUCUAUCAAAUUUAUCCGAGGAGUUUCAUGGAUUCCGAUAAUAAUGGAAUUGGUGAUUUGAAUGGUAUUACUUCGAAAUUGGAACAUUUCGUUGACGCUGGAGUUGAUGGGAUAUGGCUUUCGCCUAUUUUUGCAAGCCCAAUGGUAGAUUUUGGUUACGACAUAUCAGAUUUCAAAGCAAUACAUCCAGAUUUUGGUACGAUGAAAGAUUUUGAAGAAUUAUUGGCAAAAUCGAAAAAACUUGGAUUAAAGUUAAUUCUCGAUCUCGUGCCAAAUCAUACGUCAGAUAAACACGAAUGGUUCCAAAAGGCUCUUGCAGGAGAUCAAAAAUACAGGGAUUAUUAUAUUUGGAAAAAAGGACGAAAAGAUGAUGGUGUAACUCCACCUAACAAUUGGAUCAGCGUUUUCAGUGGUCCUGCAUGGACGUAUAAUAAAACUACGAAGGAAUGGUAUUUCCAUCAAUUCGAAUACAGACAACCAGAUUUAAAUUACAGUAAUCCUCAAGUACGAGCCGAGAUGGAAGAAGUCAUACGAUUUUGGCUUCGUAAAGGUAUUGAUGGUUUUCGAGUAGACGCAGUUCCCCAUUUAUUCGAAGUUGACGAUCUUCGUGACGAGCCUAGAAGUUUCGAUCCAACUACAACGGAACGUGAUUACGCUUAUUUAGAUCACAUUUAUACCAAAGACGAUCAAAGAACUUACGAUUUAGUUAAAAGCUGGAGAAAAGUUCUCGAUGAUUAUGCCAAUGCCAAUAACGAGGAUGAAAAAGUAAUGAUGACUGAAGCAUAUACCAAUUUAAAAAAUACUACGAAAUAUUAUGAUUACGGUGCUCACAUACCGUUCAAUUUCAAACUUAUCACUGAUGUUAAUCACACAACUAAUGCUACCAAAUUUAAAGAAACUAUCGAAUCAUGGAUGAGAGAAAUGCCAAAGGAUGGAGUUGCCAAUUGGGUUUUGGGAAAUCACGAUCGCAGUCGUACGAUCUCGCGUUAUCCAGGUAGGGGUAAUCAAAUGCUCAUGUUACCAAUGAUUUUACCUGGAAUUGCCGUUACUUAUUACGGUGAAGAAAUUGGUAUGAUUGACAAAAGAGAUAUUUCCUGGGAAGACACGCAAGAUCCACAAGCUUGCAAUGCCGGUAAAGACAAAUACGUUGAACGAUCUCGCGAUCCAAAUCGUACACCUUUCCAAUGGGAUUAUACUAUUAAUGCAGGUUUCAACAAAGGUUCUAAAACGUGGCUACCUGUUCAUGAAAAUUAUAAAGUAUUGAAUUUAUUAAAUCAAAAGAAUUCUACCGAACAAUCGUUCUACAAGAUGUAUCGAUCUUUGACUAAAUUACGGAAAACAUCUCGCGUUCUUAAGGAUGGCUCAUUGAAAUUAAAAGUAUUGAAACUGAACACGGAUUAUUGUUACAAUUGCGAAAUAUUAUCUAUCACUCGUGAACUUCCUGGAGAAUCAAUGACUCUGUUAAUGAGUUUCUCACCAGCUGUAACAACUCGCGUUAAUUUGAAGGAUGUAAUGACCCUUUAUAACAAUACGUAUGUUGAAAUCGAUGCUUAUCAUACAGAAAGCAUCACAGUUGCAAACAUGUUACGUUUGCUUUGCUUAUGUUCAUUGUUGUUCGCAACAAGUCUCGUCAAUGGCGAGAUUAAAAAUAAAGUAUGGUGGAAGAACGCAGUGUUCUAUCAAAUUUAUCCGAGGAGUUUCAUGGAUUCCGAUAAUAAUGGAAUCGGUGAUUUGAAUGGUAUUACUUCGAAAUUGGGACAUUUCGUUGACGCUGGAGUUGAUGGAAUAUGGCUUUCGCCUAUUUAUGCUAGUCCAAUGGUAGAUUUUGGUUACGACAUAUCAGAUUUCAAAGCAAUACAUCCAGAUUUUGGUACGAUGAAAGAUUUUGAAGAAUUAUUGGCAAAAUCGAAAAAACUUGGAUUAAGAGUAAUUCUUGAUUUCGUACCAAAUCAUACGUCAGAUAAACAUGAAUGGUUCCAAAAAGCUCUGGCUGGUGUGAAAAAAUACAAGGAUUAUUAUAUUUGGAGAAAAGGACGUAACAACGAUGGUGUAACACCACCUAAUAAUUGGAUUAGUCGAUUCAGUGGUCCAGCUUGGACUUAUGAUAAAACAAUGAACGAAUGGUAUUUCCAUCAAUUCGAAUACAGACAACCAGAUUUGAAUUACAACAAUCCUGAAGUGCGAAAGGAAAUGGAAGAAGUUAUUCAAUUUUGGCUUCGUAAAGGUAUUGAUGGUUUUCGAGUUGAUGCCAUUCCUUUUCUUUUUGAGCGUGAUGAUCUUCGCGAUGAACCUAGAAGUUUUAUACCAGGUGUUACAACUCGAGAUUAUGGUUAUUUAAAUCACAUUUAUACUAACGACGAUCAAAGAACCUAUGACAUGGUCAAAAAUUGGAGAAAUGUUCUCGAUGAUUAUGCCAACGCCAAUAACGAGGAUGAAAAGGUGAUAAUGACCGAAGCUUAUAGUAAUCUACAAAAUACUACGAAAUAUUAUCAGUAUGGUGCUCAAAUACCAUUUAAUUUUCAAUUGAUCUCAAAUACCAAUCACCAAUCGAAAGCGGCUGAUUUUAAAAGAAUUAUUGAACAAUGGAUGGAACAUACUCCAAAGAACGGAGUUGCCAAUUGGGUGUUAGGAAAUCACGAUAACAGUCGUAUCGGGUCACGUUUCCCAAAUAGGACUAUACAACUGAGUAUGUUACUAAUGAUCUUGCCAGGAGUUGGUGUAACUUAUUAUGGUGAUGAAAUUGGAAUGGUAGAUAAAAGAGAUAUAUCCUGGGAAGAUACAAAGGAUCCCCAAGGUUGCAAUGCAGGAAAGGAUAAGUACCGAAAUGAAUCUCGUGAUCCAGAACGUACACCUUUCCAAUGGGACAAUAGUAAAAAUGCAGGAUUUAGUAAAGCUAAUAAAACGUGGAUUCCGGUCCAUGAAAAUUACAAGAGAUUGAAUUUAGAAAAUCAGAAGUAUUCUAAAGAACAAUCGCUAUACAAAAUAUAUCGAUCGUUGAUUAAAUUACGCAAAUCAUCGCGUGCACUUCAGAAAGGUUCAUUGAAAGUAAAUGUGUUGAAACUAAACACGGAUUACUGUUACAAUUGCGAAGUAUUAACCAUCACUCGAGAAGUUCCUGGAGAAUCAGUUACUUUAUUAAUGAGUUUCUCACCAGUUAUAACGACUCGUGUUAAUUUGAAGGAUGUUAUGACCCUUUAUAAUAAUACCUACGUUGAGAUCGAUGCUUAUCAUACUAAAAGAUUUAAAAAAUCUCUCAAUUUCGCAUAUCUUACACCUUGGGAAGGAAUGUUGCAAAACAUGUUCCGCGUGGUCUACUUUUGUGCCUUGUUGCUAGCAACGGGUCUCGUUAAUGCUGAGAUCAAAAAUAAAAUAUGGUGGAAGAAUGCAGUGUUCUAUCAAAUCUAUCCACGAAGUUUCAUGGAUUCCAAUGGUGAUGGAAUCGGUGAUUUGAAUGGUAUUACUUCGAAAUUGGAACAUUUCGUUGACGCUGGUAUCGAAGGAAUAUGGCUUUCACCUAUUUUUCCUAGCCCAAUGGUAGAUUUCGGUUACGACGUAUCGGAUUUCAAAGAAAUACAUCCAGAUUAUGGUACCAUGCAAGAUUUCGAAGCACUGAUCAAAAAAUCAAAGAAACUUGGAUUAAGAGUAAUUCUUGAUUUCGUACCAAAUCAUACGUCCGACAAACACGAGUGGUUCCAAAAGGCUUUAGCUGGUGAGAAAAAAUACAAGGAUUAUUACUUUUGGAAACAAGGACGAAAUAACGACGGUGUAACACCACCCAACAAUUGGGUCAGCGUUUUUAGUGGUUCUGCGUGGACUUAUAAUGAAACUUUGAAGGAAUGGUAUUUCCAUCAAUUCGAGUACAGGCAACCAGAAUUAAACUUUAACAAUCCCGAUGUGCGAAAGGAGAUGGAAGAAAUCCUUGUAUUUUGGCUUCGCAAAGGUGUAGAUGGUUUUCGAGUUGAUGCAAUUCCCCAUUUAUUCGAACGAGAUGAUUUUCGCGAUGAACCCAGAAGCUUUAUACCAAAUACUACAACACGUGAUUAUGGUUAUUUAGAUCACAUUUAUACCAAAGACGAUCCACGAAAUUAUGACAUGGUACGAAGUUGGAGAAAAGUUCUCGAUGAUUAUGCCGAUGACAAUAACGUAGAUGAAAAGAUUGUAAUGACCGAAGCUUAUACUAAUUUAAAAAAUACUACCAAAUAUUACGACUAUGGUGCACAAAUUCCAUUCAAUUUUUACUUCAUCUCUGAUGUCAAUCGUCAUUCAAAAGCGGCUGAUUUUAAAAGAAUUAUCGAUGGAUGGAUGUCAAAUAUGCCAAAGGAUGGAGUUGCCAAUUGGGUGUUAGGAAAUCACGAUAACAGUCGUGUAGAGUCACGUUUCCCAGAAAGGGGUAUGCAACUGAAUAUGUUAACAAUGAUCUUGCCUGGAGUUGCAGUAACUUAUUACGGUGAAGAAAUUGGUAUGGUAGACAAAAGGGAUAUAUCAUGGGAGGACACCCAGGAUCCACAAGCUUGCAAUGCUGGAAAGGACAAGUACCAGGGUGCAUCUCGCGAUCCAACUCGUACACCCUUUCAAUGGGAUAAUAGCAAAAACGCGGGAUUCAGUACAGCUAAUAAAACGUGGCUUCCUGUUCAUAAUAAUUACAAGAGAUUGAAUUUAAAACGUCAGAAGAAUAGUCCGGAAGCUACCACUUAUAAAACGUAUCAAAAUUUGAUUAAAUUGCGAAAAUCAUCGCGUGCACUUCAGAAAGGUUCAUUGAAAGUAAAUGUGUUGAAAUUAAACACGGAUUACUGUUACAAUUGCGAAGUAUUAACCAUCACUCGAGAAGUUCCUGGAGAAUCAGUUACUUUAUUAAUGAGUUUCUCACCAGUUAUAACGACUCGUGUUAAUUUGAAGGAUGUAAUGACCCUUUAUAAUAAUACCUACGUUGAGAUCGAUGCUUAUCAUACUAAAAGGAGUACAUUUAUAUACAGGUUCUUUUCCGGUAGUGCAUUACAUUUGCAAAACAUGUUGCGGGUGAUAUACUAUUGUUCAUUGUUGUUCGCAACGAAUCUCGUCAAUGGCGAGAUCAAAAAUAUUGGAUGGUGGAAGAAUGCAGUGUUUUAUCAAAUUUAUCCACGAAGUUUUAUGGAUUCCAACGAUGAUGGAAUCGGUGAUUUGAAAGGUAUUACUUUGAAAUUGGAACAUCUUUUCGAUGCUGGGGUUGACGGGUUAUGGCUUUCACCCAUUUAUAAGAGUCCAAUGAUAGAUUUUGGUUACGACAUAUCGGAUUUCAAAGCGAUACAUCCUGAUUAUGGUACCAUGCAAGAUUUCGAAGCAUUGAUUGAUAAAUCCAAACAACUUGGAUUAAGAUUAAUUCUCGAUCUCGUGCCAAAUCAUACGUCAGAUAAACACGAAUGGUUCCAAAAGGCUCUUGCAGGAGAUCAAAAAUACAGGGAUUAUUAUAUUUGGAAAAAAGGACGAAAAGAUGAUGGUGUAACUCCACCUAACAAUUGGAUCAGCGUUUUCAGUGGUCCUGCAUGGACGUAUAAUAAAACUACGAAGGAAUGGUAUUUACAUCAAUUCGAAUACAGACAACCAGAUUUAAAUUACAGUAAUCCUCAAGUGCGAGCCGAGAUGGAAGAAGUCAUACGAUUUUGGCUUCGUAAAGGUAUUGAUGGUUUUCGAGUGGACUCCAUUCCAAAUCUAUUCGAACAUGAUGGUCUCCUCGAUGAACCUAGAAGUUUUAUUCCAAAUACUACAACUCGUGAUUAUGAUUACUUGGAUCACAUUUAUACCAAAGACGAUCCUAGAACUUAUGACUUAAUCAAAAACUGGAGAAAAGUUAUCGAUGAUUAUGCUAACGCCAAUAACGAGGAUGAAAAGAUAUUGAUGACCGAAGCUUAUACUAAUAUUAAAAAUACUACGAAAUAUUAUCAAUAUGGUGUUCAUGUACCAUUCAAUUUCAAACUUAUCACUGAUGUUAAUCACACGUCGAGUGCUACCGAAUUUAAAAGAAUUAUCGAAGAAUGGAUGGAACAUACUCCAAAGAACGGAGUUGCCAAUUGGGUGUUCGGGAAUCACGAUAAUAGUCGAUUAGCGUCACGUUUCCCAAACAGGGCUAUGCAAUUGAAUAUGUUAAUAAUGUUGUUGCCUGGUGUUGCUGUAACUUACAACGGUGAAGAAAUUGGAAUGGUAGACAAAAGAGAUAUAUCCUGGGAAGACACCCAGGAUCCACAAGCUUGCAAUGCCGGAAAGGACAAGUACCGGAAUCUAUCUCGAGAUCCAAAUCGUACACCAUUUCAAUGGGACAAAAGUAAAAAUGCAGGAUUUAGCAAUGCCAAUCGAACCUGGCUUCCUGUUCAUGAUAAUUACAAAAGGGUUAAUUUGGAAAGUCAGAAGAACAGCACACAACCGACCCUUUAUAAGAUGUAUCGAUCUUUGAUUAAAUUGCGAAGCACAUUUCGUGCUCUCAAGUAUGGUGCGUUGAGAGUUAAAGCACUUAAGCUUUACACGAGUUAUUGUUAUAAUUGUGAAGCAUUAGUUAUUGUUCGAGAACUUCCUGGAGAGACAGUUGCUCUAGUUAUGAGUUUGUCUCCCGUGAAAAACAUUCUUGUUAACUUGAAAGACCACAUGACCCUUUACAAUACCACAUACGUCGAAGUUGAUGCUUACCACGCAGCGAGAUAUAGAACGUAUUCCCAUCAUGUAUAUCUUCAAUCAUGGAAAUCAGUCGUCAUAUCCUCGACAAAUUAAAUUCAACGUCGACAAUUAACAAUAAAAAUUUGAUCUCACAAUUCAAGGUCCUGCAUAAUUGAGGAUAAUUUCAGUGACGUAAACAUUUAACUAUAAUCUUCUCUUGACGUCAUAGUUAUUAGAAAAAGAUAUUUAUUUAUGAUUAAUGGACUUGUGUUACAUGUUAACGAACAUACUCGAAAUUUCAUUUUAAACAAUAUUCCUUCCUCGUACGAUUUCUUUCGAUAACUGUUACAU